CGGGAGGAAAUGAGAUGUAAAAUCAUUCAGAAAAGCCAAGACAACCUUCCACAAUCAAUUACCUGUAACGUUUACACAGUGGGAAAGAAUUGCUAUGGAACAAGUGCUUCACCAAUCUAUUUCAUCACAAAGAACUCUGCGAAAAAACAAAUUCUGAAUGCGCUGAAUUUCGGAACAUUCACAUACCUGACAAUUUUGACAAGAAUUUGUAAUAGAUAUUUGCUAUGUUAGGGUUUCGCAUGAAGCUGAACUGUUAGCUUUGACAGUCAUCUCAGGGAAAGGAAAGUCUUCUCCAUGUAAAAUUGGCAACAAUGGAUGACAGACCUCGCUUUAAUUUUUGGAGAUUUUUGUUUUUGUAUGCCGCUUUCCUUCCUUUGAUCGAAGGAAACACUGCAAAAUUCUUCGGCAUAGGAGCAAUGUUAUCCUCUCCAGGCCAUGAGAAAAUCUUCGAGGAAGCCGUUGGAAAAAUAAACGAAAAUUCAAGUGGUUUACUAAGGACAGUAAAAUUGAAUGGAAGCUCUUAUGUUUUGAGUUCAAACCCUAUUCGCUCGGCUCUUGAUGUUUGCGAGAAUUUGGUCGCCAAUGGAGUCGUUACUGUUAUAGUCAGCCACCCAAAAGACGACUUUUCGCCGCCAAUUUCAAUCUCGUAUGCCUGCGGUUUCUACCAAAUUCCUGUCAUUGGAAUUUCAGCGCGACAAACUAUCUUCUCGGACAAGUCAAUCCAUGAGUCUUUCUUGCGCACUGUACCAUCAUAUUCAGAUCAGGCUAAUGUUUGGAUGGGACUGCUGAAGCACUAUGAAUGGAAGAGUGUUGUUCUACUAACAAGCAAUGACCAGGACAGCCGUAUGAUUGCAACCAGGUUCACAGGCCUAGCUGCAGAAUAUAAUAUUAAGAUUGAGAAAACCAUCAUGUUCCCUACUGGAUGUGUGAAUGUCACAUCUCAUUUAAUGAAGAUAAAGAAAUUGCAAUCAAGAGUCAUUCUCUUCAGUGCUAGUGAGGAGGAUGCAGCUAUUGUUUAUCAAAAUGCCACAUAUCUAAAGAUGACUGGGGAGGGCUUUGUGUGGCUGGUGACCCAACAAACCUUGUCAGGGAGAGCUGAGAGUUAUUUGCCUCAAGGUGUGAUUGGAAUGCAGUUACUUCAUGGUUAUAAUGAGUCUGCUCAGAUUCAGGAUGCUGUUACCCUUGUGGCCACAGCCUUGGACAGACUGAUCACUUCUGGAAAUAAUUUGACUUCUCCACCUGCCAGCUGCCGAGAAACUACCCAAUGGGAGAGUGGUCAAACUUUAUUCAAUGAGCUGGUUAACACAACCAUCAUCAAUGGCAAGACAGGUGAUAUCGUACUGAACAGGAAAGGUGAUCGUAUCAACACUGCUUACCAGAUUGUUAACCUCAGAAAAAAGGGAGAUAAAAAGCUGAGAAUUGUUGGAGAGUAUCGUGAUUGGCAGGUGUCAAUCUCUGACAAAGUCUUUUGGCCAGGAGGCUUAGAGGAAAAGCCAAAAGGAAUCUUUGUUUCCACUCAUUUAAGGGUUGUGACUUUAGUUGGGGAGCCAUUUGUGUUUAUCAAGGCUUUACCAGAAAGUGGCAGGUGUGAGGAUCUUGAUGAUGCACAAAAGAAAAAGAGGCAUAUUAAAUGUAGUGGGAAAGUAUAUGGUGAACACACCAAACUGGUGGCAACUGAUAAGGAUGACCACUGCUGCUAUGGUUUUUGUAUGGAUUUGUUAUAUCGACUGGGAGAGAAAGUUAAUUUUACCUUCGAUGUUCAUUUGUCUGAAGACGGGAGCUAUGGCUCUCUGCGAAGAGUAAAUGGCACGGACAUGAAGCGCUGGAAUGGUAUGGUAGGCGAAGUGAUCGAUGGUAGAGCUGAUCUUAUUGUGGCUGCCUUGACAAUCAAUAAUGAAAGAGCUGAGUGGAUCGAGUUUUCCAAACCUUUUAAGUAUCAAGGACUUACCAUACUUGUCAAAAAGGAUCAAAGUAGGAACAGACUGGACUCAUUUUUGCGGCCUUUCCAGAUAAACUUGUGGCUGCUGGUUCUACUCUCAGUGCACAUAGUGGCAGUUAUACUCUACCUGCUUGACCGGUUUAGCCCGUUUGGCCGGUUCAAACUAGCUCGGAAAGAAAAGGAGGAGACAGCUCUUAAUUUGUCCAGUGCUAUGUGGUUUUCAUGGGGAGUGUUACUGAACAGUGGCAUCGGAGAAGGUACUCCACGUAGUUUCAGUGCUCGGGUGCUGGGCAUGGUAUGGGCAGGCUUUGCAAUGAUCAUUGUCGCCAGCUACACUGCUAAUCUGGCAGCCUUUCUUGUUCUUGAUCGGCCAAAGGCUGUGGUCAGCGGCAUAGAAGAUCCAAACCUGCGUAACCCGUCUGUGAAUUUCAAGUACGCUACUGUAGCAAACAGCAGUGUUGACGCGUAUUUCAGGCGGCAGGUUGAGCUGUCAUCCAUGUAUACUUUUAUGGAAAAAUACAAUGUAAAGACAGCGAAGGAGGCCAUACAGAAAGUGAACGAUGGGGAAUUAAAGGCGUUCAUCUGGGACUCACCCGUCCUUUAUUACGAAGCCUCUGUAAACUGUGACCUUACUACUGCUGGUGAACUGUUCGGGCGGUCCGGUUAUGGCGUUGGCAUGCCUAAAGGUUCUCAGUGGAGUAACGCAAUUUCACUUGCUAUUCUAAACUUUCACGAGAGCGGGGUUAUGGAGGAAUUGGAAACAACGUGGAUCGACACCAAGCAAUGCGAUGAACAGAAUAAUUCGCCUGCUACGUUAGGGCUAAAUCACAUGCUUGGGGUAUUUAUCAUGGUUGCUGCUGGAAUAGGAGCUGGAAUCGUGAUCAUUAUCUUAGAAAUCCUCUAUCACAAGCACCGUGGGUGGAAAGAAGAACAAAAAGAGCUGGCCAAGAAGACAACAGAUAAAUGGCGGGCUAAUAUCAUGAUGAUGAAAAAGGAACGCACCACAAAUGGCCAACAACCUAAUGGUGUUCUCGAUUCACACGCCCCGCAGAAUGACGGGAUAGCUCGUAGAAACCCAAUUUACAACCCGGAGAAUCACGUGGACAGCACGUUCACGUACAAUUGAGCAGGCGUGCGCUUCGUCUGCGAUUUUUUAUACGCAGAACACAGAAUGAUAGUCGCAACCGUCGUUGAUGAAAAUAUGAAAGAUGCAAUUUUAACCAUGCAUCAAUUGUUUUAAAAUUUGGGGAAAAAUUAGAGUCACGAAAAUGUGAUUAAUGUUGUAGUUAAAUUAACAAAUCUACAGUCCAUGUAUAACAGAGCUCCAAUUGCAUCCAACAAGAGUCAAUUGACACUUGGGAAAAAUUGGAGGAAAGCGUUCAAAAUGAACUAAAUUACAUUGUUCUUCAGAGCAAUUCAAUUAACUUAUUAAUGCUUCACUUUAUUGUUCAACAGGGGUUUCGCUGGCAUUUUAAGAGCAAGCUCUCACUCAAAGUUUUCGGCGAUUCGUAUUUAUAUAUCUGCAUUUGGUAUUAAUUGUUGAUAUUGAUAUUUAUUGGCCUGUUUCAUAAGGUAGUAUUGUGCCCUUUUACAACAUUGGUAGUUUAUUAUUGUUUGAUUGACACCUCUGUUAAGGCGGCAUGGUGCACCUUUGAGUUGGAGGAACUGGUACUAUGGAAGCAGUCACAAUUGAGGACGAUACGGAUAAACUUUAGAGUCGCUAUUCUCGAGGCACUCGCCGCAUACAGUUUUUGCGCAUUCAUGACUUUUACCUUCUGGUUUGGUUGCUUUGAUUUUGGAAAUAUUUGAAGGGUGGAAUUUUUCGAACGUUUACUACGGCAGCGCUGUAAUGCGGUGGCAUUUUGUGUUGUAUUCUUCUCACCCUAGUUGACCCAUACUGUUACGAAGGAGAGAAAUGACCGCAAUAAUCUCUAUACUUACUAUUUAUAUGAUGGAAAAACUCACAAUGUGCUGUUUGUAAAUAAUAUUUAUUCAAUAUUAAUGAGUAAUACACCCCAGGAUUGCGCACGAGCAUGAUCCUGGGCAAAGAUCUUAAGAUAAGAUUAAGAUGGGAAAUAUUUGAUAAUAUAUAAAACAAUGAUAAACGUUAACUAUACAUAAACUACAGAUAAAUAUACGUUAUUAAAUGAUUAUUGGUACGAUGAAGAGAAUAGAGGAUUAAGUUUGAUCGUUUUAUUUAAAUCUUCUGCGAUAAUGUCUUAUAAAAACCCAGGUUAUCUUGAAAGAUUGUGAUCUUACAGAAGACCAAAAAAAUAUGAAAUGCCUUUUUCACUGUAGAAGAAAAAGGACAAUUUGCUAAACCAGUAGAAUACGCAACCAGCAAAGUAAGACAGUUUUAGUCUCCCAGCGUACCAGCUACGUUGGAAUAGAGCACAAGUUCGAUAAACAAGUGAAAAACGCGACUGAAGUCUUAAACUAUUCAGAAAGAUCUGCGGAUAGAAUCAUCGAAACCAUGUGACUAAUGUGACCACAUGUUACGCUGCUAUGUCACCUAAUUAUUACCUUUUAACUCAAAGUAGUAAAGUUCACAAUUGGUGUCUCGACGCGAAUGAGAGCUAAACUACUUAUUUAAUGAUGCUGAUCUAUUUAUUUCUCAAUAUGGCUAGCUAUACCUUUGUUGCCUUAUUUAUUACACAUUAAGGGGUGAGCUCAAUUCCUUUGACAAAUAAUUCAAACACUUAAAUGAUUUAUUGGUAGAAAUACACGCAGCUGUGUAAAUAUACAAACAAUAACUAUGUCAGCAAAUUUAACAUUUAUCUCUGUCAAUUUGAUUACUUCGGUCGAGGUGGUGUGGCUACCGCACAACAUUCAUAUCGAUAGUAAAUCAGGGGUGAGAGUUUCAUUAUUAUCAUGAUAUGUGUAAGUGCGUAUAUGAUAAACUGUUUUUGCCUGAU